ACACGGAAUGAUUUUGUAAGAAUGAUCUGGGAUAUGAAAUGUGAUAAGGUUGUCAUGGUUACCAGAGAAUAUGAAGAUGGAAAGAGAAAAUGUGAACGGUACUGGCCAUUGGAAGUAGGAUCCUCGGAGACGUUUGGUAUAAUAAAGCUUACAUUAAAAGAGGAGAUUUACCGAGAGAGUUAUUCUAAACGAUAUAUUAUAAUGGAAAGGGAUGGGAUGACACACAAGUUCUGUCACUUCCAUUACACCAGUUGGCCAGAUCAUGAUGUACCGGAGAUCAAUGAUAUAUUAGAUUUCCAGUUUACAGUUGAUAAAUUUAAACCAGAAUCUAAAAGUCCUGUACUAGUUCAUUGUAGUGCUGGUGUUGGUAGAACUGGUACAUAUAUAGCUAUAGACUACUGUUUAAAACAGUACAAAGAUACUGGUAAGGUGGAUGUAUUAGAAUGUGUUAAAACUCUUCGUCAACAGAGAAAAGGAAUGAUCCAAACUCCAGUAAGUUUUGUGUCAUAA